AGCCCUCUUAGAUUUGAGGGGAGCCAUGAGCCGGUUCCUGAAUGUGUUACGAAGCUGGCUGGUUAUGGUGUCCAUCAUCGCCAUGGGGAACACGCUACAGAGCUUCCGAGACCACACCUUUCUCUAUGAAAAGCUCUACACUGGCAAGCCAGACCUCGUGAAUGGCCUCCAAGCUCGGACCUUUGGAAUCUGGACGCUACUCUCAUCAGUGAUUCGCUGCCUCUGCGCCAUCGACAUUCACAACAAGAUGCUCUACCACAUCACGCUCUGGACCUUCCUCCUCGCCCUGGGGCACUUCCUCUCCGAGUUGUUUGUAUAUGGGACCGCAGCUCCCACCAUUGGCGUCCUGGCACCCCUCAUGGUGGCAAGUUUCUCAAUCCUGGGAAUGCUAGUGGGGCUCCGGUACCUAGAAGCAGAACCAGGAUCCAGACAGAAGAAGAGAAACUGAGGCCAGCAUCACCACGUCCGAGACUUCAUCUUCCACCUUUGCCAGCCUCUUCCUUCACCCUCUUUGCUCUUAAAUUUCUUUUCUGCUCCAUCUUCCACUUCUAGUCCUUUCCUUUCUUUUUCUUUAAUUUAAAAUGUUUUAAGA